GUGGCGACUAGUCCGCGCGCGGAUGGCGGCGGCGGCGGCGGCGGCGGCAGCGAUGACGGCGGCGGGCGGUGGCGGAGCUGGUGCGGCCCGCUCCCUCUCGCGCUUCCGAGGCUGCCUGGCGGGCGCGCUGCUGGGAGACUGCGUGGGCGCUGUCUACGAGGCACACGAUACCGUCAGCCUGACAUCAGUCCUGAAUCACGUUGAGAGCCUGGAGCCGGACCCGGGCACGCCGGGCAGCGCGCGGACAGAAACAUUGUACUACACAGAUGACACUGCCAUGACCAGGGCCCUGGUGCAGUCCCUGCUGGCCAAGGAGGCCUUUGACGAGGUGGAUAUGGCUCACAGGUUUGCCCAAGAAUACAAGAAAGACCCUGACAGAGGGUAUGGGGCCGGAGUCAUCACUGUCUUCAAGAAACUCCUGAAUCCCAAGUGCCGUGAUGUCUAUGAGCCUGCCCGGGCCCAGUUCAAUGGAAGGGGCUCCUAUGGCAAUGGGGGUGCCAUGCGGGUAGCAGGCAUCCCACUGGCCUAUAGCAGUAUCCAGGAUGUACAGAAGUUUGCCCGGCUCUCAGCCCAGCUGACCCAUGCCUCUUCCCUGGGUUACAACGGUGCCAUCUUGCAGGCCCUGGCUGUGCACCUAGCUCUGCAGGGUGUAUCAUCCAGUGAGCACUUCCUCGAGCAGCUUCUGGGCCACAUGGAGGAGCUGGAAGGUGAUGCCCAGUCAGUCUUGGAUGCCAAGGAGUUGGGUAUGGAGGAACGUCCAUACUCCAGCAGGCUGAAGAAGGUCGGAGAGCUGCUGGACCAGGAUGUGGUGAGCCGAGAGGAAGUGGUGUCUGAGCUAGGGAAUGGCAUUGCUGCCUUUGAAUCUGUGCCCACCGCCAUCUACUGCUUCCUGCGCUGCAUGGAGCCUGACCCUGAGAUCCCUUCCACCUUCAACAGUCUCCAGAGGACUCUCAUCUACUCCGUCUCACUUGGCGGGGACACAGACACCAUAGCCACUAUGGCUGGGGCCAUUGCUGGAGCUUACUACGGGAUGGAACAGGUGCCGGAGAGCUGGCAGCAAAGCUGCGAGGGCUUUGAGGAGACAGACGUCCUGGCCCAGAGCCUGCACCGAGUCUUCCAAGAGAGUUAGUAAGGGCCACAACCUCAGUGGCCCUGUCAGGAUCAUCAGGACCAAGGACAGCUCAGAUUGGAAUCCACAGUUCCUUUAGGUUGACUCACCUGCCCUGCAUUCCUAGAAGGCAGGCUGAAGGUACCCUUAGGGCUGGAGUCUUGGACAGCCUAUGGAACCGAGAGGAGCUUGUGCCUCGGGGCUGCAGCUCUGGCUUGCUGCAGGGCUGUAUGACACCCUAGGGUCCUCAGAAAUUAAGGGGCCAGGGCAGGUCUUAUUUUGGAGAAUUAUUUGUGGUACUCUUUUUCCUCUAGGACAUGGGACUUGGGAAGGUGGACCUAUGGGAGUAUCCUAUCUCCCAGUUGGGUUUUAACCAGUGACAGCCUAUUGUUGAGUAGGUGGAGCCAGCAGCAGGUUGUUUGGCUCUUGAGGUGGCGUUCAGCCCAUCCACUGGCUGCCUGGCCUGGCCACUGCAAUAGGUCCUUGACAGCUUCUGGUGGAUGUCACAGCAAUAAACAGUUUUUGUAAAUCCCA